CAGCGAGAAAAACUACAUGUCGUUGAGUUUGAAUCGAAAUCAGACGCCUUCUUUAUCGCUCUCUCGCUCUCUCUAUCACACAGAGCCAUGGCGGAUCCUCCCAUAGACAAGAUUGCAAUCUCCGGCCCAACCCUGGCCUCCCUGAUCCAACGCUUCUCCUCCUCCUCCGGCCCCCUCGACGGCCUUCUCUUCGGCCACGUCGCCCUCCUCUCCCCCUCCACCCUCUCCGACGACGACCCCUCAUCCUCCACCACUACCGCCACCACCUCCACCUCCCAAACCCUAAUCGCCACCAUCACCUCCUUCCUCUCCCUCCCAUUCUCCUCUCCCUCCGGUCACCUCCUCCCCUCCUUCCCCUCAUCUCCCUCCCCUCUCGGCUGGUUCUCCGCUCGCCGUCGCUCCCCUCUCCGUCCCUCCAUGCGCGAGUUCUCCGUCUCCCAAUCCCUCUCCUCCUCCUCCACCCCGCUCUCCCCUUGCCUCUUCCUCCUCCUCGCCUCCCCCAUCCACGACCACGCCAUCCACACCCACGAGUACCGCGCGUACCAGUUCCGCGCCUCCUCCGAGUCCUUCGAUCCCAAAUGCAUCGACAUCGUCAACAUCGGCCCCGGGUUCCGCGGCCACUAUGGCGCGUUCAGCCCCAACUCGCCGUUUCCGGCCUUGCCGUGCGAGGUGGGGGGCUCGGUGAUGGUUGAGGAUGAGAAGGAGGGGGGAGAGGGGGAGUUGGAGGAGCGGAGGCAGUUGGAUCUGUGUGCCGAGGGGUUCGAGGUCCGGAGAUUGAGGCGGCUGAUUGGCUCCGGGGCCGCCGAUUAUACUGCGGAGCUGGAGGAUUUGUAUGAGAAAAUGCUUGCCAAAGUCGAGAGCUUGGCGAGGCAGGUGGAGCUCAGCUCCGCUAAGGUUUUCGAGCAGGAAAAUCACAAUAGGAAGUUGAGACACAAAGCUGCUCGGCUCGCAGGAUCAGAAUAACUGCCAUAACCUUGUUGUCUAGUUUUAUUCAGCGCCAGCUCGCUUUUAACUGCCAACAGAAGCUCUCUUAAGGCUGCUAAGGUUCUGGAAAUUUCCCCAUCAUAUGGCAGAAGAUUGGACGUGUCAGUCAACUUGGUACAGCUUCUUCUCUUAAUGAUUGCGAGGAAUUUUUGCAGUCAGAUAUUGUAGUCACUUUUUGCAAGUGAAUUCUUGUACAUGCCAAAAAACAGAUUGCUUAAGAUAGCAUGUGUGUGCAAGGAAAUCCAUAUAAGCAUGACAUAUUAAGCCUUAGGUAGACAAAGGUGAUGUAUUUCAUUUUAGACAGCCAGAAUCGCACUCUGCCCAACUGUAAUUGUGAGAGGCCUUUGAUCCGUAGCAACUUCCAUUCAUGUUCGACUCAUAUAGAAUCUUGAUCUAGAUAUGGUCUUUUGGAGCUGAGGAAGUCAUGCCUCCUACUUCGGCGUUUUACAAACUAAUAUAAUUGCUGAGUUUUGUUAA